UACGCGUAAUUUGAAAGACGAGGAGAAGAAACCAUCCAAGCCCCAACAAACAAAACAGCUCCUCGUUAUCUCCAAUUUCAAAAUCAAAAUCAAAAUCAAAAUCAAAAUCAAAAUCCAAAGAUCUAAAUCUAAAUCCGUCUCCUCUCCUUUCUCUUUCUUUAACCUUACAAUUAAGGAAAGAAGAUGAAGAGAGUCUUCGGCGUUAAGAAAGACAAGGAACCCCCGCCUUCUAUCCAAGAUGCUACCGAUCGGAUCAGUAAAAGAGGGGAUACGGUUGAUGAGAAGUUGAAGAAGCUAGAUGCUGAGUUGAGUAGGUAUAAAGAGCAGAUAAAAAAGACAAGGCCUGGCCCUGCUCAAGAGGCUCUUAAAUCUCGAGCUAUGAGGGUUCUCAAGCAAAAACGAAUGUAUGAAGGGCAACGUGAUAUGCUUUAUAACCAGACGUUCAACCUUGAUCAAGUUGCUUUUGCUUCUGAGGGUCUUAAAGAUGCUCAGCAAACUAUGACAGCCUUGAAAUCUGCCAACAAGGAGCUGAAAGGAAUGAUGAAGACUGUGAAGAUUCAAGAUAUAGAUAAUUUGCAAGAUGAGAUGAUGGACAUGAUGGAUAUGAGUAAUGAAAUUCAAGAGACCUUAGGCAGAAGCUAUAAUGUGCCUGAUGAUAUUGAUGAGGAUGAACUCAUGGGCGAACUUGAUGCUCUGGAAGCAGACAUGGGAACUGAAGCUGAUGGUGUUCCCUCUUAUCUUCAACCUGAUAAGGAGGAACCAGAUUUGGAUGCAGAGCUCAAUUUGCCUACAGCUCCAUCAGGAAAUGCAACAGCAGCAGCUGGCAGGGCCAAUUCCCAGGUUGAGGAUGAACUUGGUUUCCCUGCUGUUCCUCGAGCAUCUGUCCGCAGUUAAAACAUUUGCUAAUAUAUAUACUGUAAGAUGAAGUUGGAUGAAGCACGUCCUUGUAAACAUAUUGUGCAGAAUUAACUUUCAAUUACUAGUGCAAUUUAAUUGAUUUUUAAUUUUUCGGGUUGGGAGCUAUAUAAUAAGCAUAACUGAUUUGACUUGGAAA